CUCAAGCCACCACACUCCAGCGCAGCAGUAGCUGCCCGCCGCCGCGGGAGCCGGAGGAGAAGGGUCAGGACUAAGCUAUUCUUUUCUUCCCACUGGGCUGGAGCCUUUUCUCCUCAACACUGCUUUCUUGUGGGCUGGCACCACUAAGCAUGAGAAGACAGGCCAUGUUGGCCUAGAAGAUGGGUUCCUAACCCAGUGUGCAUACCCAGGAUGCCUGCAGGUGGCUAGGACGCCACCUCACCAUGGGCUGCCCAGGCUGACUCUGGCUGCACACUGUGAAAGACACUGGUUCUGGUCCCCAGACAUUCACAAGUUUACUACGCAAGACAAAAAGGACCUUGCCCAGGCUCCAGUCCACAACUCCUGUUUUACAGGCCAGUCAAUCCUUGUGGGCAUCUCCUGCUGUGAUCUGGGGAGACCAUGUUCAAGUCCCCUGACUGCCUGCUGAGGAUGCUCAGGGGCACCCCCAGACAACGGGUCUUCACCCUCUUCAUUAUCUGUUUCAAGAUCACACUCAUUGUCUCCAUCAUGAUCUACUGGCACACUGUGGGGGCUCCCAAGGACCAAGGGCAACUGAAUAGCCUGCCAGUGGACAUCUCCUGCCCCCAGCUGGCCUUUCCUAGCAUCCUUGCCCCAGGGAACAUCUUCUUCCUAGAGACCUCAGACAGGACCAACCCUAGCUUUCUGUUUAUGUGCUCUGUGGAGUCAGCUGCCAGGGCACACCCAGAGUCCCAGGUGGUGGUGCUCAUGAAAGGGUUGCAUGGAACCAAACGUCUGCCUCAGAAUUUUGGCAUCUCUCUUAUAAGAUGCUUCCCCAAUGUCCAGAUCAAACCUCUGGACCUGAAGGAUCUGUUUCAGGACACGCCAUUGGCAGCCUGGUACUUGGAGGUGAAGCACAGAUGGGAACCCUACUGGCUGCCAAUACUGUCUGAUGCCUCUAGGAUUGCACUGCUCUGGAAGUCCGGUGGCAUAUACCUGGACACAGACUUCAUUGUCCUCAAGAACCUGAGGAACCUGACCAACACUCUGGGCCUCCAAUCCCGAUACAUCCUCAAUGGAGCCUUCCUAGCCUUCGAACGCUACCAUGCCUUCUUGGCACUGUGCAUGCAUGACUUUGUGGACCACUACAAUGGUUUCAUUUGGGGCCACCAGGGCCCCCAACUGCUCACUCGGGUCUUCAAGAAGUGGUGUUCCACCCGCAGCCUGGAGGAGAGCCACACUUGUCGUGGGGUCACCGCCCUGCCCCCUGAAGCCUUCUACCCCAUCCCCUGGCAGAACUGGAAGAAAUACUUUGAAGACAUCAGCCCUGAGGAGCUCGCCCGGCUGCUCAAUGCCACCUAUGCCGUUCACGUGUGGAACAAGAAAAGUCAGGGUACAUCCCUAGAUUCCACGUCCAAGGCUCUGCUGGCCCAGAUACAUGCCCGCUACUGCCCCACGACCCAUGAAGCCAUGAAGUUGUACUUGUGAGGGUCCUCCAGGCUGCCUUCAUGUUAUAUCAGCACUGUUAGUGCCUUUCCCAGGGAGGCAAGAUGAGCGAGCAGGCAGGCAGGAAAGAUGGCUCGGAGCUGCUGCUGCCACCUUUAGAGGAGAUCUAAGCUGGCACCGGGAGCAUGUGGCACCUCUAUGUACCUGCCCCUCCAGGCCAGGGUGAGACUGGGGGAUACACUUUGCCCAGUGUUCUGGGCUGGCAAGUGAUUCUAGAAUUAGUAGCAUCUGGGACCUUAAUGAGCUAGAUCAGCAAGCCUGGAACACGGGAGAGCAUUCUAAGGUAGCUGGAAGUCAAAUGGGGCCAGGAGCUGAGCUCAGAGAAGCCUGGGUAGAAAUGCUAAGAAGGGUGGGGCUGUCCCAGCUUCCUGAGCCCAAGGGGCGGGGCAGAGCUUGCUGGGAACUCCAUCUUUCCACUCUUGGGGCACUGCUCUGAAGAUCUACCACAGUCCAUUCUAGUGUGCAGGGGAUGUGGAAAUUCUUCUGGCUUGAGAAAAGUGUUCUUUGGUUUGGUUUGGUUUUUGUUUAGUUUUGGUUAUUGG